GGAGCCGGAUGCGGGCGGUACCGCGGCCGCCGCGGCCCUAGGGAUGGGCGGAGCCCCGGCCGCUGGUGCUGGUGGCCGCCGCCGCUGCCGGAGCCCGAGCCUGAGCCGCCGCCUCUGCUGCCGCGCGUCGCUGCUUCGCAAGGCGGGGGAAUGCUGGGGAAAGGGGGAGUCGGCGGUGGCGGCGGCACCAAGGCGCCCAAGCCUUCCUUCGUAUCGUACGUGCGCCCUGAGGAAAUUCACACAACUGAAAAGGAAUUAACGCAGAAGGAAGUCUCUCUUCACUUGUUGCCAGGUGAACAACUGCUCUGUGAAGCCAGCAUAGUCAUGAAGUACGUCCAGGAAGACUCCUGUCUGAGUGGCGUCUACGGGAGACUGGUCUGCACUGACUUCAAGAUCGCCUUCUUGGGGGAUGAGGACUCCGCCCUGGACAACGGUGGUGAAACUCAGUUUAAGAAUAAGAUUGUGGGAGCAAAUGAUGUUCCACUUCACUGUGUGGAUCAGAUUUAUGGAGUGUUUGAUGAGAAAAAGAAACCUCUGUUUGGACAACUGAAGAAAUACCCCGAGAAGCUUGUUAUCCACUGCAAAGAUCUGCGGGUGCUACACUUUUGUCUGAGGUACACAAAGGAAGAGGAAGUCAAAAGGAUUGUCAGUGGCAUAAUCCAUCACACCCAAGCUCCUAAACUGCUGAAAAGACUGUUUCUGUUUUCCUAUGCAGCUGCUGUGCACAGCACAGCCAUUGAUCCCAAGAACCAUACUGUAAUGUUUGACACACCUAAAGACUGGUGUUGGGAGCUGGAGCGGACCAAGGGUAGUGUGAAGUACAAAACAGUGAAUGUGAAUGAAGGCUACAGAAUCUGUGACAGGCUGCCAGCAUACUUUGUUGUCCCCACUCCCCUUCUUGAAGAGGAUGUGAAGCGUUUUCAGGGCCAUGGCAUACCAAUCUGGUGUUGGUCUUGCCACAAUGGAAGCGCCCUUUUGAAAAUGUCAGCACUGCCCAAAGAACAGGAUGAUGGUGCUCUGCAAAUCCAGAAGAGCUUCUUGGAUGGAAUUUACAAGACCAUCCACAGGCCACCUUACGAAAUUGUUAAAACUGAAGACUUAUCAAGCAACUUCCUGUCGCUGCAGGAAAUCCAGAAUGCAUACUGCAAAUUUAAGCAGCUGUUUCUGAUAGAUAACAGUACGGAAUUUUGGGACACAGAUAUAAAGUGGUUUUCUCUCUUAGAAAGCAGCAGCUGGCUUGAUAUAAUCAGACGCUGCCUGAAGAAAGCGAUAGAGAUUACGGAAUGCCUGGAAGCACAGAACACGAAUGUUCUCCUCUUGGAAGAGAACGCAUCUGAUCUCUGCUGCCUCCUCUCCUCUCUGGUGCAAGUGAUGAUGGACCCCCACUAUCGAACCAGGACUGGGUUCCAGAGCCUCAUUCAAAAGGAGUGGGUCAUGGGUUGCCACUCUUUCUUGGAUCGCUGUAAUCAUCUCCGCCAGAGCGACAAAGAGGAGGUCCCUGUGUUCCUGCUUUUCUUAGAUUGUGUAUGGCAGCUGGUGCACCAGCACCCCCCAGCAUUUGAGUUCACAGAGACUUUCCUGACUGUUUUAUCCGAUAGCUUAUAUAUACCUAUUUUCAGCACCUUCUUCUUCAAUUCGCCUCAUCAAAAAGACACUAACAUGGGUAGGGAAAGCCUGGAUACACAAAGCAAGCCUUUGACUCUGCUCACCGUGUGGGAUUGGUCAGUACAGUUUGAACCCAAAGCACAGACAUUGCUCAGAAACCCUCUCUAUGUGGAAAAGCCAAAAUUGGAUAAAGGCCAGCGGAAAGGAUCACGUUUCAAACAUCAACGACAACUUUCUUUGCCACUUACCCAGUCUAAGUCAUCUCCCAAAAGAGGAUUUUUCAGGGAAGAAACAGAUCAUUUAAUCAAAAACCUAGGGAAGAGAAUUAGCAAGCUUAUUAGCUCUUCGGAUGAGUUCCAGGACAACUCUCGAGAGUUCUAUGACAGCUGGCAUAGUAAGCCCACAGACUACCAUGGCUUGUUACUGCCUCACAUCGAGGGGCCCGAAAUCAAGGUGUGGGCCCAGCGCUACUUACGUUGGAUUCCAGAAGCCCAGAUCCUGGGUGGUGGCAGAGUGGCCGCCAUGAGCAAACUCUUGGAGAUGAUGGAGGAAGUGCAGAGCUUACAGGAGAAAAUCGACGCCAAGCACCACAGGCCGGAGGCUGUCCACACGCAGGCCCCCAGCCUGCUGAGGAACUCUGCCCGCCUCUCCUCCCUGUUCCCUUUUGCGCUGCUCCAGCGACAUUCAUCCAAGCCUGUCCUACCCACCAGUGGCUGGAAAGCUUUGGGAGGGGAAGACGACCUGGCCAAACGAGAAGACGAGUUUGUGGACCUCGGGGACGUAUGACCUGUCUCCUCAGGGACUGUGAAAGAGGCCCACCUGAGGGGAGGACAGUUGUUCCCUGGACUGGUGUCUCGGUGUUAGUCCAGUGCUGUGUAGGAGAAAGUGGAGGCUUUCGGGAAGAGAGCUGGUUCUCCUUUUCUUUCCAAGUCCUGAACGAUGAUGCAAUUAAAGCCGUGCCUCUAGUGUUUAUAGGAAGGAGUUCCUACCUGACCUGUCAUAGGAUUGGGGUCGCUUCCCGACGCCUGUAUAAUAUGUACACAAAAUACCUCACGGCCAGGUCGCUGUGAGAGCUUCCUCCUCCUGUCUUUUCUGUGCCAAGAUAACUAUGUAGCCAUUGGGAACAAGAGCAAGGUCAGCUUUACGUGGUGUCUGUAAAUGGAGAGACAGGGGUAUUAAGCUGUGUGCUUUGACUUACACCGUAGCGUAUUCCAGCACCUCUCCCCCCCCCCCCCCAUAGAAAAGCUGGAAAAUUCCACUGGUGUCAUUCCUCCUGACAUUCACUUCCUUCUUCCCGGACUGUAACAAGGCGCGGUGGUGGCAGCCGCCUCCCCUCUUCCUUUGCUGCCAUUCCCAUCUUGCUUCUUCCUGCUCCAUGCCGUCUGCACUGCCCACCGUGGUGCAGACUGUCCCAGUGUCUCGCUGCUGACCUAUGGAGUGAACUGGGGAACCCCUCUGUCUUCCAAGGGGAGCUUCUGUUCCCUGGAUCCCCUCAUUUUGAGCAUGCAUUUGGCCUUCUGCUUUUGUACGGAGGCUCACAGCACCUGGACUGUGCCUCUCUGCAACCCCCCAGCUGCUCCCCUCGCCUCCCCAUUACUGUCAUAGAUGCUGGGGUAGGCAGCUCACUCUCGAAUGUGGCUUUCACGGGAAAGCAAUCCUAAGUGUCAGACGCAAUUAUCACGGGAUGCCUCAGUGAUUUAAAAAGCCAUAAAAGAAACUCAGCUCUGCCUGGUCACCUUGGAUCUGCUGUCUUAAAGAUAUAUAUUUUUUUAGAGGUUGAAAGUAUACUUUAUAAGGAUCACAUCAUUCUCAACGGAACCCUGUCCAAUCCCACAAAAGGCAUGGUGCAUGGAGAGUGGGAGGGGGCAAAGGACCUCAUUGGAGAACGUCUCAAGUGUUUGCCGUUUAUCUACAUUUGCUGUUGAGGAGAGAUCUUGUUGAGGAAAUCUUUCUGUUGCUCACGGGCAAUAAGGCAUUUUGAAACUUCACAAAGAGUUCUUUCUGAUUUGCACUGAAUCAUCUUUUGUACAUAAUGAUCAUUUUUCCUCUUCUCCCCUCCACACUGAGGCACAAGCCAGGUUGGUGUGUUGGGACGGCAUGUUGAGGGGAGGUCAGGAUUUGUGUUUCUAGGGCCAAAUGCACUCAGUCUUGGUUGCCUUAAGACCCUUCAGGCCAGGUCCGUGCUAGGCUUGUGUAGGGAAUUUGAAAACAUACAAGUUCCUUAGCUACCUUCACUUGCAUUCUUGGAGCUUUCUAAACUGUCAGUAACCUCCACUUCCUCUCUGUCUACUUCUCAAAUACUCAGCAGAGAUAACUAUUUUUGUUACCAUAUUAUAACAUGAAUAUUUAUAUGGUAGCCUCUACAGUCUUAAUGAUUUCCUUUCCAAAAAUGCCUCAUGUGAUGUUGUAUACUUCACAAGGUAUGGUUUAAAGGCACAGGGUCAUGACCCUUGUUAUAGCAGUUGAAUGUGCAUUGAAAUAUUUUUCUAUUUUUUUUUAAAUCACAAUAGAAAAAAGUAAGCAAGCUGUUGUAACCUGUAUGGUCAUGACAGUUUAUGUAUUUAUAUUUGAAAACCAGAUUUCUAUAACUUGUAUUUGUGUAUAGAACUUUCCAUGGGUUUAUAUAUUGUGAAUUUUUAUUCAAGAUUGAGAUGUGGAUUAUGCUUAACAUUAAAAGAUAAAAUAAGAGCAUUUGUUUAAAAUGCACUGUGCAAGUUUGGAAGUGGAUGUUAAUAACUUACUGUAUAUAAUACCUGGCGUUUGUUUAUACCUCCAAGUUUUUACACUGAAGAUAAACUAGCUUUAAUUAAAUUCAAAAAUGUUAAGAGAAUUAAUCAACUGUUAGGCUGAGUCAGUGCAAAUGUGCCGUUUAUUUCUGGUGUUAAUGAAAGUUAUGCUCAUGCCUCACUGCACUGUAGCCGACUGCAGAGAUUAAAGCACGACUCGGAAGCA